UUUCCGACGCAAAGACCUUUCAGUUAAGCAAAGUAGAGGAGGACAACAUUUACGUCUGCGUGUGAAGAGACAACACGGGCAUUCAUCUUGUUCAGUUCUUCAACUAAAUAGUUCUAAAGCAAGUCUUGUCCAGUUAUGAGGGAGCUAUCCCUGCAUCUUGUGCUCGGUCAUCUCCUCAUAUCUCACGUUGCCUCUACCUGCAUUCCUGUCGAGUGCCUGCGAUGUAACGUCACAGGAGAAGCUCUAGCAGAUUCUUGCGGGCUCUGUCCAAACAUCACUGACUGCAUUAAUGAAACAUUAACCAAUGUUUCACAAAACUGCAGAAGAGACUUUAAGGUGUUUAUCAACGGCACUCAAUCCGAAGCACAGGAGGGCGAUGACAUCACUCUAACCUGCCUCCAUAACAUUUCCGAUAUGAAUGUGACGUAUAAGUGGAACAAGGAUGGGACCGAAUUGAAAAACAAAAAAGGACAAAAGCUCUCUCGCAAAGUGCUUUCGAAAGAUGCAGGCGAAUACAUCUGCUCUGUGCAGAGCCUGUGUGGCAAUUACACGUCUUCACCACACGAUGUCACUGUACACAACAACAGCGUGAUCCUCUUGGUGAUCUGUGGUGUUGCAGCUUUGGCCUUGGUCUUGGUUCUGGGGCUUGCUAUGAAGUUCAAGCUGGAAAAAGACAAAGCUAGACACAGAGAGAGGAUGCAGCAGAGGGCACAGAUUGGGCAGACUGGCGGUCCAACUCCAUUCACACCAAGAGACUCCUGAAUGAGACACACUCUGUCACAUUUAUAUGUCAUGAAUACUGACCUUUUUUCAUAAUCCACUGUUGUAGUAUUUAAUACAGAAAUAAAAACUCCCCAGUCUCUGUC